AGUGAGAUGAAUUUUGAGCAGACAAAUCUGUCUUUCUUUUUUGCCAGUGUCUUACUCCUUUUCAAACAUACUUGCCAAUGGACAAAGGCCAAACAGGGAUGAGUUCAACACAUUGAGAGUGUAUCUGUGUUUCCACAGAUAGUAGCACACUCUCACAUUCUGGGCCUUGUGCUCCGAUUCUUUAGUACGCCGGAGAACUUCUGUGGGUUCCCCCACUGUUGUAUCAUAUUCAGUAAAGUAUAGACGGUGAAGACGGUUAGCAGUCUGUGUGGCCAGCCUUUUGCUGGCUCUUAUUAUUGUCAUUAACAUUGUCUUAAGCACUGUUAUCAUUAGUGAUUUAGAUUAACACACACACACACACAGAGAGAGAGAGAGAGAGGCACACUGAUAUAAACACCAACACACACACACACAAGCACACACAUGCAUUCACAAGUUUGAGGUGCCAACUCUGAAGUCAUGGAUUACACGAGUCAGACAGUAUACUCUGGUGGGAAUUUCAAAUAAAAAGCUUCAUCGUUGCCUUAAGUCAAGCAACAAUUAUGCUAUCAACAGAUGUCUGCAAAGUAAAGACAUAAACACCACCCAUGCUCAUUUUGUUAAUUAAGAUAUUUGACUUGCUCCAUUCAUUAAGAAUCUUUGCCAGCGUGUUCAUUAACAAGCUUGGCACAUGCAACAUUCUGUUUCUUUCCUGAAGCACAGUCCUUUAUCGAGAGCACAGUCCGUGUGCAUGCAUGUGUGUGUGUGUGUGUGUGUGUGUGUGUGUGUGUGUGUGUGUGUGUGUGUGUGUGUGUGCAUAUUUGUGUAUAUGCGUGUGUGUGUGUGUGUGUUGUCUUCAUGGUUCUGUUGGAUGGGAAUAUGAUUGAUGGAUGGAUUUAUCCGCUACAGGUCACUAGAUGAUGACGUUGACUCGAGGUCCCUAGAGGCUCCAGUUUUUGUGUCAUUUCAAGGUCUGGAAGAAGAGAGGUUGAAAUUGGUUUCUCAUCCUUAUUCUCUCUCUCUCUCUCUCUCUCUCUCUCUCUCUCUUACCUCACAUACUCUCAAAAGCAAUGUAAAGUAUAUUAAUGACAUUUCCAGUUUAUGCACAUUAUACAAUGGGUGCACGUGUCCCUUUUGGCCUUUCUAAAUUACAAUGUGCCACCAUCUAAAUACAGUAAUUACUAACUGCUCAGUCUGACAGAUAUAUGGGUCAUUUCCUCUUUCAGCGCAAGAUGGCUAUUUAUUCUCCCUUUGAUCUUCUCUAACUCCCCUUCUUCACCACAUUGUUUGUUAAUUUAACCUGCAAACCUGGGAGGGAGCAAAGGCAAAGAAAUGAGUCUGAAUAAGUGUCUUUGUCAGAUGAUGGUCCGCUUUCCAGAAACCCCUCUCUCUCUCCUUCUUUUCCACUCUCCUCCCUGUGCUCUCUCUCUGUCUCUCUCUUUUUUUGUGCUGACUACGUGUGGGUUUAAGAGCGAGGCACAGAGAGACUCCUCAGGUACAUGCUGACUGUCAGGCAGCAGAUCAUCUUCACCAUGUUGAGAGUCUGGGUUUUGUGUGUUAGCUUGGCUUCUUUGGCCAUGGGGCAGGAGCCCUUACAAGCGCCAGGGACGAGUGAUGAAUCCGGGAUGAACGCGAUGACCACGGCGUCCCCACUCUGGACAGACUCACCUGGGGCACCUGAGACCAACGCUACCUCCGAACAGGUGGAUGCAUCAGUGAAGAGCAUGACUUCAGGCUCACGGGCGCGUAGGGCGGGUGAGACCCAGAGAGAGAGGCGCUCAGGGGCCACGGCCGCGGAGACCGACACACAGUCGGAGCUGGGCCGCACGGCAGCCGUGUGGGUGGAGAUGGAGUCGGUGCUGGGGAGGAGAGAGACUGGCCAGGGCCAGCUGGGCUCAGUGCUGCAGGACCUGAAGGAGGAGAAGAGGCGACUGUUGGACGAGGAGGUGAACAAGAAGGGGAAGGGGAAAAAAGAGGAGGAGGAGGAGGAGGAAGAGGAGGAGGAUGAUGACGAGGAGGAGGAAGAUGAUGAUGAUGAGGAAGAAGAGGAAGAAGAAGAGGAGGAGGAAGAAGAAGAAGAGGAGGAGGAAGAGGAGGAAGGAGGGGAAGAGGAGGAGACUGAUGCAGCAUCCAACAGCACGGACACCACGAGUGGCUUCACAGACUUGUUACCUGAGGGCUGCCAGCAGGUGGCGCCACUGAUCUCCUGUAAGGACGUGGGCUUGACCCGCCUGCCGAUCAUCACUGAUUUAGCAGUCACCACGUUAGAGCUGCCGGGAAACAACAUCAGUAAAAUUCCUCCACGAGGCUUCGCCGGGCUUCCAAACUUGGAGGAGAUUGACCUCAGCAGGAAUCAGCUCGAGGACUCCUCACUGGGAACAUACUUGUUCAAGAACUUGACCAAGCUGCGCAAGCUGAACCUGGACUCUAACGGCCUGACCACGGUGCCCCUGCUCCCGGCGUCUCUAGAGGAGCUGAGCAUCAACCAGAACAGGAUCAGCCAGCUGCUGCCCAAGAGCUUCAGAGGCCUGUUCAACCUACGCUCUUUGGUGCUCAACCAGAACGAGCUCUACGAUGAUGGCGUCUCGCCGCUCGCCUUCAGGCCUCUGAAGAACAUCAUCUACCUUCGGCUGGACCAGAACAACUUCCGAUCCAUUCCGCAAGGGUUGCCUCCCUCACUGCAGGAUUUGCGGAUGCGUGAAAACCAGCUGCAGGAAGUAGAUGGGGUCUCACUCAACAAGUCCGUCAACUUGCAAGUGCUGGACCUGAGUCACAACUACCUGAGGGAACACACCAUCUCCCCUCAAACUUGGGUCAACCUCCCUAAACUGGAGGCCCUGGACCUGUCCAACAACCAGUUCUCCCUGGUGCCCAGCAACCUCCCCACAGCCCUGCGGCAGCUCUCCCUGCAGCACAACCACAUCGACACCGUGCCCGACUACGUCCUGAGCCAUCUCGUCCCGGGCCUGCUGUCGCUGCGCCUGUCCCACAACCGCAUCCGUAACGAAGGGCUGAAGGGCCCAUCAUUCCGCGGUGCUUACCGGACGCUGACAGAGCUGCUGCUGGACAACAACGAGCUGGAGAUCGUCCCGCGCUGUAUGCGCGUGUUCCGCCAGCUGCAGCUCCUGCGCCUUGAUCACAACCGCAUCAAAGUCGUCCCCAGGUUUUCCCUGUGCCUACGCCAAAGGAGGAAGAGCUCUCCUCUCGCCUCUCUGCACCUAGAGCACAAUCAGAUCGACACGCAGAGGAUCCACCCCGCCGCCCUCACCUGUAUGGACAGCUCCAGCAGCGUUACCCUGGAGCCCCAAGGCUCCUCGGGCACGCUGGCCGGGGCGGAGAGCACCCUGUCCUGAGCUCUGGGCCCUGAGUCCUGAGUAUGGCGCCCAUGUAGUAGUGUGAUGUGGCCAGAUGUGCAUCAUAUUAACUCAGAUUCACCAUGGUGACCAUGGUGUGAGUGAGUGCUGGAGUGGCAUCUGGUUCUGUGAGACUCAAACCUGCUCUCACUCACCCCUCCCUUCAUCACACUAAAAAUCUCCUUUUCUUUUCCUUUUCCAUCUCUCUUUUCUUUUCUUCUCUCUAUCUUCCACUCCAUUUUGUUCUUUUCUCCUCUUUCCCUCGUCCUCUUGUGUUUUCUCCUGCUAAUGUUACUUGCAGUCCUUCUUUCUCUCCUUUCUUCCUCCUUCUCUAUUCCUCUGCUCCUCUCUCCAAUGUGGUCUCCACACUUCUCUCCUUUUGCUUCUUCAAUCACUUCAUCUUUUCUCAUCUCCUCCUCUCUCCUUUCCUCCCUUCUUUCUCCUUUCUUGUGAUCUCUCUCCGGUUCACCUUUCCGUGCCCUCGUUUCAUUCCAACAAGCUUACACUUUAUCAGUCAUCUUAUGUGACUUACUGUGGCCUUUUCGCUUCAGCACGGCUCAUAGUCUUUUUGGCUUCUGCUGAAUCCCUCUCUGUUCUUGUGUGAGUCAAUCUGGAGCCUCUCUCUCCCUCUCCCUUUCUCUCUCUUCCUGUGUUAGCCAUUUCUCAAAUUCUAAAGUUGAAUUUAGCCACGGUGCCAAGCAUUGUGUCUAUCUAAUGUUUACAGUCAUGCUGUUUCUAACAUUGUACCUCAUAUCAUUUCUGUUAAGGUUCUAAUGUGCUGUGCUAUUGCAAUAGUAUGUUUUGUAUUGUAUGGCAUGCAGAUAAUUGAAAUAACACCAGCAGUUUUAAGUACUAUAACCAAUAAGAUUUUUUAAUAAUAUGAAUUUGUGUAUUGUCCUCUAAAACAGCCCUAGUAUGAGACCAACUGUAUGCAGCUUUGUCUGGACAGGGCAAAUGAUUGAAUGAACACCAUUCUUGUCUUA